GUUAAGGGUAUAAUGGAGUUGUUUGCUGGGUGCCGUGGAGCGUCCCGGUCAUUGCGCCGUUCCGUUCCAUCGGCGAUGCAGUUUUUCCUCCUUUUUUCCUGCUUUUCAGUUGCAGGUAUUUUUGCUUUGCAGAUCUCUGCGGAGCACGGCGAAACAGAGACGUAUAGCGAGCUACGCAGCAAGGGAAAUGAUCCUACUGAGCAAGUGCAGGGCGAGGAGUACGACCCCAUUGAGCAGGUACAGGGCGAGGAGUACGACCCCAUUGAGCAGGUACAGGGCGAGGAGUACGACCCCAUUGAGCAGGUGCAAGGCGAGGAGUACGACCCUAUUGAGCAGGUACAGGGCGAGGAGUACGACCCUAUUGAGCAGGUACAGGGUGAGGAGUAUGACCCUAUUGAGCAGGUACAGGGUGAGGAGUAUGACCCUAUUGAGCAGGUACAGGGCGAGGAGUAUGACCCUAUUGAGCAGGUACAGGGCGAGGAGCACGACCCCAUUGAGCAGGGCGAGGAGCAUGACCCCAUUGUGCAGGGCGAGGAGCACGACCCCAUUGUGCAGGGCGAGGAGCACGACCCCAUUGUGCAGGGCGAGGAGCACGACCCCAUUGUGCAGGGCGAGGAGCACGACCCCAUUGUGCAGGGCGAGGAGCACGACCCCAUUGUGCAGGGCGCGGAGCACGACCCCAUUGUGCAGGGCGAGGAGCACGACCCCAUUGUGCAGGGCGAGGAGCACGACCCUAUUGAGCAGGUGCAGGGCGAGGAGCACGACCCCAUUGUGCAGGGCGAGGAGCACGACCCCAUUGUGCAGGGCGAGGAGCACGACCCCAUUGUGCAGGGCGAGGAGCACGACCCCAUUGUGCAGGGCGAGGAGCACGACCCCAUUGUGCAGGUGCAGGGCGAGGAGCACGACCCCAUUGUGCAGGGCGAGGAGCACGACCCCAUUGAGCAGGGUGAGGAGUACGACCCCAUUGAGCAGGUACAGGGAGAGGAGUAUGACCCCAUUGAGCAUGUACAGGGCGAGGAGCACGACCCCAUUGAGCAGGUGCAAGGGGAGGAGUACGACCCUAUUGAGCAGGUGCAAGGCGAGGAGAACGACCCUAUUGAGCAGGUGCAAGGCGAGGAGUACGACCCUAUUGUGCAGGGCGAGGAGCACGACUCCAUUGUGCAGGGCGAGGAGCACGACCCCAUUGUGCAGGGCGAGGAGCACGACCCCAUUGUGCAGGGCGAGGAGCACGACCCUAUUGAGCAGGUGCAGGGCGAGGAGCACGACCCCAUUGUGCAGGGCAAGGAGCACGACCCCAUUGAGCAGGGCGAGGAGCACGACCCCAUUGUGCAGGGCGAGGAGCACGACCCUAUUGAGCAGGUGCAGGGCGAGGAGCACGACCCCAUUGUGCAGGGCGAGGAGCACGACCCCAUUGUGCAGGGCGAGGAGCACGACCCCAUUGUGCAGGGCGAGGAGCACGACCCUAUUGAGCAGGUGCAGGGCGAGGAGCACGACCCUAUUGAGCAGGUGCAGGGCGAGGAGCACGACCCCAUUGAGCAGGUGCAGGGCGAGGAGCACGACCCCAUUGAGCAGGUGCAGGGCGAGGAGCACGACCCCAUUGAGCAGGGCGAGGAGCACGACCCCAUUGAGCAGGGCGAGGAGCACGACCCCAUUGAGCAGGUGCAAGGUGAGGAGCACGACCCCAUUGUGCAGGGCGAGGAGCACGACCCCAUUGUGCAGGGCGAGGAGCACGACCCCAUUCAGCAAGUUGAGGAGAUACACAGUGAGGAAAAUGUUCCGGUUCAACCUCCAAUACAACCAAGGCCUUACCCUCUAAAGUUUAUUCCGCCUUACGGCAUCCCAGUGCCUGUCACUCCCUUUCCUUUCAAGCUGCUUAGCCCUCGGGUGAUCCCUGUCAAUGCGCCCGUGCCGCCUGAGCUCCAAAAGGUCAUGAAUCCCAAGCCUGUUCUUAUGCCCCGGCCGCUACCCAUUAGUCUUGCUGCAGCGGUCCGCGUGUUGUGCAGCGAAAACAAAAUGUACGUGAGGGUAAGGACUGACCUGUACGGAUUCAAGUGUAAAGCAGGCCAGUUGACUCUGGGGACCAACUGCAGAAGCAAUGGAGUCUCUGGUGGGUAUCUUCUCUUUACAUACGGCCUCGAAGAAUGUGGAAGCCAGGCGUCUGUGGAAGCUGGACAGUUGGUCUACAAGAACGUCCUUAAAUAUGUGCCAUCUGUGCAAAACAGUACAAUUCGGAGAUCUAUGCCAUUCACUGUACCCCUUCAGUGUCGUUACUAUAGGUGCAUGGUGGACAGCAAGUAUGAAACCUGUAGCUCCCAUUUUGUGCCUCCCAGAACCAACAAUACAAUCAAUUUAAUUGUUGAUGCUUUCCAGUUCAACACGCUGUCCCCUCUGGAAAUAAUCCUCCAUUCUAUUCCCAAUGUAAACAAGUACUACAUGCACUGCACAAUGGUGGUAACGAGCAACAGCAUGGUAACGCAGAGUACCAAAUCUUGCCACUAUGAUAAGAACGUGAACAGGUGGGUGGAACUUGAAGUUACUAAGAGCACCAUAAGCAGCGAUGCCCUGCUGGUCCUUGAAAAGCAGGGAGGUGACGACGGGGAGAGGAAGACUGGCGCGGCCAUUCUUGAACUGGAGGAGGACUUGCUGUCUUCCGAAGGCGUGUCCAAAGAGGAUCGGGAGGCACUGUCUCCAGAGGACGAUGCCUUUGAUGAGAAUGACUAUAACAGGCUUUUGGAUGUUGAGGCAGAAGGCAAUGACAAUUCUGAUGAUCCUAACCAGCAUUUGGAAGGUACCUAUGAUGCCUCCAAGGUGCCAGAGCACAGUGACACUGAGAACUAUGAGGGGGCUGGGGAGCCUGGUCACUUCGAAGAGGCGGAUGAGUGGAGGGCUCUGUCUGCAGAGGAAGCCGGUGGUAACUGA